AUUCAAUCCGACUUUCACUCCCUUUUUUUGUUGUUGCUGUUGUUCCAAACAAAACCAAUGUCUGCUCGUCUGAUUCGCGUCGUCGCCACUGCCGCGCUUCCUCUUCGCACUGGUGCCGUGCGCACUGCCUCCAAUGCCGCCGCGGUGGUCGCUGUCCAGCAGCAGCGCAGCUACAGCCACGGCCAGGGCCAAGGUCGCUCGAGCAACGGCAAGAGCUCAAAGUUUGCCACGGGUGCUGCGACUGCGUUUGCUGCUGCCACGACGACCGGCCUGAUGUUGGUUGUCUCGGCGUCCGAGAAGACCUCCAAGAAGGGCGACUAUGCUGCCGUUCGCAAGGACAUUGCCGACAUUCUCGAUGAUUCCAACUACGACGAUGGCUCGUAUGGACCUGCUUUCGUCCGUCUCGCCUGGCACGCAUCUGGCUCGUACAGCACGUUCGACAAGACUGGCGGCUCGAACGGCGCGACCAUGCGCUUCUCGCCCGAAGCCAAGUAUGGCGCCAACAACGGCCUGGAGCGCGCUCGUGCUCGCCUUGAGCAGGUCAAGCAGAAGCACCCCUGGAUUACAUACGCCGAUCUCUGGACUCUUGCUGCCGUGGUUGCCAUCGAGGAGAUGGGCGGCCCCAAGGUUCCGUGGCACGGCGGCCGCGUUGACGACGCCGACAACAAGCGCACCGCUCCCGACGGUCGCCUGCCCGACGCUGCUCGUGGUGCCGACCACGUCCGUGCCAUCUUCUACCGCAUGGGCUUCAACGACCAGGAAAUUGUCGCCCUGAUUGGCGCGCACGUCAUUGGCCGCGCGCACGACGGCAAGUCCGCCAACGGCUCGGGCUACUCUGGUCCGUGGACGUUCAACCCGACCACGUUCAACAAUGGUUUCUACACGACGCUCCUCAACACCAAGUGGACGGAAAAGAAGUGGAACGGUCCCAAGCAGUACACGGAUCCCACUGGCGAGCUCAUGAUGCUCCCUGCCGAUCUCGCCUUCCUCCAGGACGCCGACUUGCGAAAGUGGGUCGAGGUCUACGCCAAGGACGAGAAGAAGUUCUUUGAGGACUUUUCCGCCGCCUUUUCAAAGCUCCUCCACCUCGGCGUCCCUGCCAAGACCAGCUGCUGGUGGUGGCCCUUCUAAACCGGGUUGGGUUUCUCAACCCAGCCGGGAUUGGGUGUUUGUCUGAGCCUUUUUUGGUUUUUUGUUGGAGCUCUGUCCUGUAGGUUGGAUGCUUGUGUUGCGUUGCAAUAUACAGUACAAUACCCA